GGGAUUAAUGGACAAAAGAAAUAAUCGCAAUCGCAAAGAUUAUUUACCUCGCCACGUGGUCACUCCGUGGAAAUCAACCAAAGUCGUGGAUUGGAUUUUUCUCCUGACGCUCCUGACGUUUUCAACAAUUGCUUUCUUCUCGUCGCAGAAGAUGAAAAAUGUCUGUUGCACACAGCACUUGCGCAACAAACCUGGAGGUUAGGUCUGAAUGCUCUGGACAACGACGUGCUCUUGCACGUGAACUCGGCUGUCAUUUUUGAGAUAGAAAAAAUUUCUGCAAAACCAAGGAUUAAUCGAUAAAGGAAGCAUUGAUAAAGGAUUAAUUACAUCGUCGCCUGAUGGUCACCCCGUGGAAAUUAACCAAAUCAACGUGGACUGGAUUUUUCAACGAUUGUCUUCGUUUCGAAUGUUCUGGACAACGCCGACUUCUCUUGCAUGUGAACUCGCCUGUCAUUCGGGAAAAAGGAAAAAUUCCUGCAAACCAAGGAUUAAUUGACGAAGGAAACAUUGAUAAAGGAUUAAUUACAUCAUCGCCUGGUCACCCCGUGAAAAUCAACCAAAUCAACGUGAACUGGAUUUUUCUCCUGGAGUUUUCAACAAUUGUCUUCGUUUCGAGAAAAGCGGAAAAUAACGAGACUUUUGGAGGAAAGAAAUAAACGGUUUUUAUGUGGCAUUGCGAAAUGCAUUUAAAAAUUUGUCGAAGAAGAAUUCUUUGGAGAGAGAAUCUAAUAACUACUUGGAAGUAUCGAAGGCGAUAAGUCGAGAAGCAAGGAAAAUGGUCUUCUUCGCAGAUAUCCGUUAAUUGGGUAUCGACUGGACGAGAGAGGCGGCAAAGACUGAUCGGAACAUGUCCGCUAUGGCAAAAAAGAAAAAGGAAAAACAAGAAAAAUCGGAAAUAAGAUUUUCUCGAAGAAAAUACCGGAGUGAGUUUAAUAUUACUUGAGGGGCUCAAAGUAAAAGUGGUAUAAAAUAACAGUGCAAGCAAAAGUGAGUCAAGUUUUCGUAAGCGCGGAAGAACGAAACAAAUGUUACGCUACGAGGAAAAACGAAUUACUUUUGGCUGCGAGCAAAAGCGGGAUAAGAUUUCACUGCGCGCAAGAAAGGGAUACAGAUAUAUUCCGUUUUUGCCCGCACUCAUUUUAAGAUUCAUUUUUGCCUGUUUCACUCUUCCCAUAUAUUUUAUAUUAUUACCACUUUAAUACUUAUAAUGAUAUUAUUUCAAAAUUAAUUAACAAAUUCAAUUUUUUAAAAUUUUAAUUUAAGAAUAAUAUAAUUAU